UAGCUGAGCAAUGAGCAUUAUGUAAAAUUACACCAUGGCUGCCUCUCUUCAGAUAAUAUGUGGCGGUCUCCCGUUGAAUCCUUUGCCUCAUGAGAGAAAGAGAAGCUCUUCAUUGCCUCAUGCUCCCGUCAGGAAUCCAAAAUUGACCCAAAGCGAAAAGAGACUUGCUCUAAAAAACUCUUUACGUUAUUUUCCGGUUGAAGCCCACUCCACUCUUGCCCCAGAGUUCCUUAAAGAACUGGAGACUUAUGGACACAUUUACAUGUAUCGAUUCAUUCCGCCAAUCGAUAUGAAAGCGUACCCAGUAGAGGAAUACCCAGUGAAGUGUCCAGCAGCAGCUGCCAUAAUGCACAUGAUAAUGAACAACUUGAAUCCAAAAGUUGCUCAGUUUCCAGAGGAGUUAGUGACAUAUGGUGGUAAUGGACAAGUGUUGUCAAACUGGGCUCAGUUCUGGUUACUGAUGAAUUACUUGUCAAACAUGAAUGAGGAGCAGACAUUGGUAAUGUACUCGGGACAUCCAAUGGGUCUUUUCCCUAGUUACUCUGAUGCACCACGUCUUGUCAUUACUAAUGGAAUGGUAAUUCCUAAUUACUCUUCAAGGGAGGAAUACGAGAAGUUCUUUGCACUUGGUGUUACCAUGUUUGGUCAAAUGACUGCCGGUAGCUACUGCUACAUUGGACCACAGGGAAUAGUACAUGGGACAACGCUUACUGUGUUAAAUGCCGGAAGGAAGUACCUCGGUAGUGGGGAUUUAUCUGGUAAAGUUUUCAUCACUUCUGGUCUUGGAGGAAUGAGUGGGGCCCAGGCCAAAGCAGCUGUCAUAUCAGGAUGUGUGGGCGUGAUUGCUGAAGUGAAUAAAGACGCUUUGUUGAAGAGAUAUGAACAAGGAUGGUUAAUGAAAUGGACUGAUGAUCUUGAGGACUGCAUCAAAGCAAUCAAGACUGCUCGCAGCCAGAAGGCACCAUUGAGUCUCGGUUACCAUGGAAAUAUUGUCAGCUUGUGGGAGCGAAUGGUAGAGGAGUACAAGGCAACCGGUGAGCUGAUUGUUGAACUAGGAUCUGAUCAAACCAGUUUGCACAACCCGUUUGGGGGUGGGUACUAUCCUGCCCAGCUGAGCUACUCAGAGUCACAAGAAAUGCUCAAAACUGACCCGGAGAGAUUUAAAAGUCUUGUCCAAGAAAGUUUAAGGAGGCAAGUGAAGGCCAUUAAUGCACUAUGCACAGCUGGUAUGCGUUUCUGGGAUUAUGGUAACGCUUUUCUGUUGGAAUCUGGUCGAGCAGGUGCUGAUAUUAAGAAGGAAAAUGGUGAAUAUAAAUAUCCUUCGUAUGUACAAGAUAUAAUGGGUGACAUAUUUUCUCUUGGAUUUGGGCCAUUCAGGUGGGUCUGUACCUCAGGGUUGAGUUCUGAUUUGGCAGAAACUGAUGCGAUAGCUCUGAGAGUACUCCAGGAUAUCAUGAAGAGAGGAAUACCAGACUCUGUUCAUCAGCAGUAUGAAGAUAACUCCAAAUGGAUAAAAGAAGCAGGGAAACACGAAAUGGUAGUCGGAUCACAAGCACGCAUAUUAUACUCAGACGAUGAAGGAAGGAUUGAGAUUGCUCUAGGAUUUAACACUGCAAUAUCUGAAGGAAGAAUAAAAGGGCCAGUUGUUAUAAGCCGUGAUCAUCAUGAUGUGAGUGGAACUGACAGUCCUUUUCGUGAAACCUCAAACAUUGAGGAUGGCUCAAAAUUUUGUGCUGAUAUGGCUAUACAGAACGUCAUUGGUGGAUCCUUCAGAGGUGCAACUUGGGUAGCAAUUCACAAUGGAGGAGGAGUAGGAUGGGGAGAAGUCAUUAAUGGUGGAUUUGGCUUAGUCUUAGAUGGAACUCAAGAAGCUGCCAAGAGAGCACAAAGAAUGCUUUACUGGGAUGUGAUGAAUGGAGUUUGUAGGAGGGCGUGGUCAGGACACCCACUGGCACAAGGUGUCGUUGAAAGAGCCGAGAGAAAUGAUCCUUUGCUAAAAGUCACCAAAAGCAAUGACGUAUUAGAUACAGUACUAAAUGAAGCAAUAACUGAUUGAGGGAAAGAAAGAAACUCAAAUCAUAUUUUUCAUCAUAGUUAAAAUUUUGUUUGUAUACCAGUAUUAACAUGUGAAUAAAGACACAA